AUGAGUAUGCCACCUAACGAUCCCGGGCCGGAACAGUUUCAACAGUUUCCAUCAAAUAGGAUUAUUGUGAUCCAUCCUGGAUCUCUUUAUGUGAGAAUAGGACGAGCAUCUGAUUUGUUACCAGUCAAACAACUACACUGUAUAGCAAGGAAGAGAAGACCUGGAGGUAAAAUCUACAGGGACCCAUUCAUACCACCAAGUGUGCCAAAAACUAAAGAAUUAAUAGAAGAAUUAGAAGAAUGUCGGUUACAAAUAUCACAUACGUUACAAUCUUGCAUGCAGUCAAAUGGAGCUCGAAGAUAUGCAACACCACCACAACAAAUUGCUGCUUUCAACCGCCGAUCACUACCAGAAGCUGUUAAUGACGGAGAACCGUGGCCUCAAGUGCAAUGUGAAAUCGUUAUUGGUGAUCUUGUACUAGACAUUGAUCCUGAGCUACCUUACAAUAUACAUUUCCCUUUUAGAAGAGGUGACUUUAAUUUACAUUCAGAAGUAGGGGGCUCUAUUUCAUCAGUUUUAAAUGAUUUGUAUACAAUUUGGAGCUCAAUAAUAGAAUAUAAGCUGGGUAUACCUCUUAUAGAGCUUGUCAAGUACCGUUGUGUAUUAUUAAUACCAGAUAUAUAUACCAGAAGUCAUUUAAAAUAUCUUACUUCAUUGCUACUAAAAGAUUUAGGUUUUGGACAUUGUUUUCUGGUCCAAGAGAGUGUUGGUGCCACUUUUGGAGCUGGUAUUGGUUCUGCAUGUGUUGUUGAUAUUGGUGACCAGAAAACUGCUAUUUCAUGUGUUGAAGAUGGAAUCUCUCAUAAAAUAACUAGGUUAAGAAUGGACUAUGGAGCUGGUGAUGUGUGUCAAGCAUUAUCCUGGAUGUUCCAUAAAAGUGCUUUUCCUUACAAAAACUGGACUGAAAAUGUACCCAGAGAUGUCAUUCUCAUGAGAAAUCUCUAUCAAGAUUUCUGUCAUGUAAACUUAGAUGUUUGUGGACCGCAAGAAAAAACCUUUUUAGUAGAUCAUCCAGGUGAUAUUGUUAAUAAAUAUACAUUACAAGUAGGUGAUGAAUGCAUUAUCUCGCCACUGUCAUUAUUUUACACAGAUUUACUUAAAAUAACAGGCCCAAAGGCUACAAAAAUUCAAAACAGACAACCUAGUGAUGCUGAAGAUCCAUUCGAUGCGGAGUUCUUAAGAGAAACAGGUAGAAAGCGAGAAGCUGCUGAUGCUACAACUACUGAAAGCCAACAAUUUGAAGGGGCAAAUGAAAGUCAACCAACUACAAAUCCAGAUGAAGAUAUAGUAGUGGAUACAUUAGAAGGUGGCCCCGGAGAAGUGUCUUUAGCACCAGGUCAAGUACUAAGUCUAGAUGCAGCAAUACUACAGAGUAUUGACAGAUGUCCGAGUGAAGAGUUAAAACGUAAAAUGUACAGUAGCAUUUUGAUUAUUGGUGGAGGUGUUAAAGUCCAUGGACUAAAUUUAUGGUUACAAAAUAGAUUAGCUUUACAAAUUCCCUAUACUUAUAAGACUGAACAGUUAGAAAUAGUUACUUCACCUAAGGAUAUUGAUCCAGCGAGCACUGUAUGGAAGGGUGCUGCCGUCAUGUCCUGUUUGGAAUCGGCCAUGGAACUUUGGAUCAAUCAAAGAGAAUGGAACAGAUAUGGAUUGAAAAUUCUAAGAGAAAGAGCUCCAUUUAUUUGG